CUUUACUCAGCCGGCUUAACUAUAUCAGCCACAGUGGUUAGCAUGACACCUUGCCUUGACAAUCCCUGACAACCAUCUGGUGAAGCAGUAAUCUGGAGUAUACUUAGAGACUAAACCUUAAGGUUUUCCAAGUUUCAGACAUGAUAGACCGAAAUAUGAAAAAUGUUCUGGUUGUAUCCAUUGGAUUUUUAUCUCUGUUCACAGCAUACGGAGGACUUCAGAGUUUACAGAGCAGUCUGAAUGCAGAGGACGGGAUGGGGGUGACAUCUCUCAGUGUUAUCUAUGCCUCCAUCAUCCUGUCCUCCAUGUUCCUGCCACCCAUUCUCAUCAAAAACCUAGGCUGCAAAUGGACUAUUGUUGCCGGAAUGGGCUGCUAUGUGACCUAUUCAAUUGGAAACCUCUAUCCAGGAUGGUAUACUCUGAUCCCCACCUCUGUGAUCCUGGGUAUGGGAGGGUCUCCACUCUGGUCUGCCAAGUGUACCCUUCUCACCAUCAGCGGCAACCUGCAGGCCCCUAACGAAAACAAGGCGGCAGCGGAUGUUAUCAAUAAGUACUUUGGCAUAUUCUUCCUGAUAUUCCAGUCUUCGGCUGUAUGGGGAAACCUCAUGUCGUCGUUGAUAUUCGGUUCAGAUACAAAUGGAGCUAACAUCACCAUGGAAGAUCUACAAUAUUGUGGUGCAGGUGUGUGUGCUGAUAUCAAUUCAAACUCCACGACCAAAAAACCAGCACAACAAUUGGUUUGGACGCUAGUCGGCUGCUAUAUUGGGGUGGGUGUGCUGGCCAUGAUCAUAGUGGCAGUAUUUCUGGAUAACAUAGACAGAGAUCAGGCCCGGGAGUUCAGGGAAAAGAGGGAACCAUUCUGGAGCACCUUCCUGGCCACGUUUACACUCCUGAAGGACAAGAGACUCGUCAUUCUCAUCCCUUUGACCAUGUACAGUGGCUUUGAACAGAGUUUCCUCUCUGGUGAAUACACAAAGAACUAUGUGACCUGUGCAUUAGGAAUCCAUUUUGUUGGAUAUGCGAUGAUAUGUUUUGGAGCCGCAAAUUCGUUAUGUUCCUUUAUGUUUGGGAGGUUGGCAGAAUACACUGGAAGAGCCCCACUGUUUUGCUUGGCUGCGGUGACCAACUUUUCCUGUAUCCUGGCUCUGUUGUUCUGGAAGCCUCACCCAGACCAGCUGCCAGUGUUCUUUGUGUUUCCUGCCCUCUGGGGCCUGGCAGAUGCUGUGUGGCAGACACAAACCAACUCACUGUACGGGGUUCUCUUCCCCAGACAAAAAGAGGCAGCAUUCGCUAACUACCGUAUGUGGGAAUCACUGGGAUUCGUUAUAGCCUUCGCCUACAGUACCUUCAUCUGUUUGGACAUCAAGCUCUACAUCCUCCUGGGAGUUCUGAUCCUCUCCAUGGUAACCUAUUUGUGGGUGGAGUACCAAGAACGCAAGAAUCCUACUCUUCCAGUGGAGGAGGGAGUAUACGACACAGACUUCUCAAAGGAAAAUCACAUCCUCAAUCAGACCAGCUUGUAGACAAGACGUGGAUUUGUUAUGUACAGUAUGUGAGGGAAUGACACCCAGUGAGAGAGAUCUGGAGAUCACCAUUCUGCCACUGUCAUUGCCAACCCCAAUGGGAGACUUUUAUAGUGUGACAAAAUUAGAGGUUUUGUGGAUCUCUAUAAAAUGUAUUAUUCUCACACCAUCUUGACCCUGAAUUAUGUGUAUUCAUUUUCUCUGGUUGCACUUUUUAUGCAGAAUUCCUGUACAAUUCAGAUUUAAACGUCAACAUUUUAAUGUUAUUUUUAUGUCAUGGCUGCUAUGUUGAAUUCAAAUACAUUGUGCUAUGCUAAACUGUAACUGAGAGUGGAAUACAGUACUGAGUCACUAAUAAAGCAGAUAACAAACUUUAAUCUACCAUGGAGUUAAAACUAUUUAAUAACGAAUUUGUUCUGUAGUCCCAAGUCUUUGUGCCAACAAUACGAGUGGUAAAGCACAGCAGGGUCAUCACUAAUAAUGACACUUCCCCUUACAUAAUUGUUUUUGGCUUACGAUGAGGCUACUCAGGGUGGCUCUGUGCUUCUUCAACCACAAGCAAAUGUUCAAUAAAAACAACACCUUUCAGUGAAA